AUGGACUGCCCACGAGACACAUUUGGAAGGUCGAUGUGCAAUGGAUUUCCUUCCACUGAAAAGAAAUCCAUCUCCAUGGUGGCAGAGGGUCAUGGACAGCAGAUACUAACAGUGCUGCAGAGUUUCAGAGAGCAGGGCAUGUUCUUCGAUUUCACCAUAAAUGUAAAAGACGAAGUAAUUCCUUGCCACCGAUGUGUGCUGGCAGCCAGCAGUGACUUUUUCAGGGCUAUGUUUGAAGUCAACAUGAAAGAAAGAGAUGGAAGUGUCACCAUUAGCAAUUUGUCACCAGAAACUGUGAAAGCUUUCCUUGAUUAUGCUUACACGGGCAAAGCGGAGAUUACCGACAGCAACGUGGAUAUGUUCUUUCAGAUGUCGUCAUUCCUUCAGGUGCCUCUGCUUGCAAAGGCAUGCAGUGAUUUUUUAAUCAAAAUGAUUGAUGUUCAAAAUUGUUUGCAACUCUUGUCAAUAUCAGACAGCUACGGCUCCACUCGACUCUUUCACCGUGCCUUACAGUUUGCCCUUCAGCACUUUCCAUUGCUAGCACAAUCUCUGGACUUUUUGGAACUGAAUGUUGGAGUCCUAGAACAAUGUCUCCAAUCAGAUGAGUUAAAUGUCCCGGAUGAAGAGUUUGUGCUGACGGCUCUGCUAGCCUGGACUAAGCAUUGCUUUGAGAAGCGAAUUAGGUUUUUUCCGGAGUUAAUGAGCAAAGUUAGAUUACACCAGCUGUCUCCAUCCACACUGCAAAGUAUGCUGGUCUCUGAAGAGCAACUAUUAAAAAGCACAAACUGUUUAUCAAGAAUCCAUUCUGCUAUAAAAUGCAUUGAACAUUCUGGGGGGCUGUUUCCAGAUGCUCGGAUAGCUACAACAGAGAAAUACAUCUUUGUCCACAAAACUGCGGAGGAUGGGGACACUCAAUACACUUUUUGCUACAGUAUCAAAACUGACAAAUGGAUGGAACUUCCACAGAUACAUAUCAUCGAUCUCCCCGGUUCCAGCCUAUCUAGCUAUGGGGAGAAGAUAUUUAUAACAGGGGGAUGUACAGGUAGCUGUUGUCGAGCGGUGAGGCUUCAUAUUGCUGAACCCCACCACGAAGCUACUGACCAAACCUGGUGCUAUUGUCCGGUAAGCAAUAAUUCUUUUUUAGUGCCACCCAUGAGGAAACCAAGAACAAUGCAUGCAUCUGUCAUGGCCCUUAAUCAGUUAUUUGUCAUUGGUGGGAAAACCAAAGGAGCGCAAAACAUUAGCAGUCUACUAGAUGUUGAAGCUUACGAUCCUCUCACUAAGGACUGGAAGACAGUUGGCUCAUUACCCAGAGGGAUCUACUACCCAGAAGCCAGCGCAUGCAAAUCUAUUAUUUACGUACUCGGAUCUGAAGUUGAAAUAACAGAUGCUUUUAACCCUUCUUUAGACUGUUUUUUUAAAUAUAAUGCAGAAACAGAUCAAUGGAGUGAACUUGUAGCAGAAUUUGGCCAGUUUUUCCAUGCAACAUUAAUCAAAGCAGUGCCUGUGAAUAACACGCUGUAUAUCUGCGACCUUUCCACAUACAAAGUCUAUAGCUUCUGUCCAGACACGUGUGUGUGGAAGGGGGAGGGAUCUUUUGAGUGUGCUGGUUUUAACGCUGGAGCUGUGGGUAUUGAAGAUAAAAUUUACAUCCUGGGAGGUGAUUAUGCACCUGAUGAAAUAACUGAUGAAGUGCAAGUCUACCACAGCAACAGGUCAGAGUGGGAGGAGGUCUCUCCCAUGCCACGAGCUUUAACAGAGUUUUUCUGUGAGGUUAUUCAAUUCAAUAAGUGCAGGGAUCCAUGGGGGAUAAGUCACCUGUAA